CUCUUAGAAGUUCCAAAACCCAAGUCACCACCAUUACCACCCCCUUUAAAAUGAUUGAAACGCCAAUCUUCUUCACCCAUCUUUUUCAAAUGGAUACAAGCACGUAGUUUAUAAUUUAAUUUAUAUUUCCAAUUCGCAAAAUAUACUGCAAACACCACAGGAAUUAGGUGACAACUCAUAAAUAAAAAGAGAAAAAUACAACACUUGAAACAAAAGCAAACCGUUUCCUUCCUUGUCACUCAAGAAGAUACCAAGGGGUCUCCAUUAGAUUUAACAACCCUGAGUCAUCAAAAAAAAAUCCCAACUGACCUGUUAAGAGGGUAGGGGGUGCUGGUAGCUGUGCUACUGCUGAAACAAUGCCCCCAGAAGUGCUUCAUUGCCGUUCUCUUGUAACUCCUCUUGUUCAGUUUUCUCCUGCACUCUUGCCUGAGGCACAACACAAUCUACCCAUUAUUUACAAAUAUUGCAGAGGACGGAAAAGGAUGAACAUCGCUGUAAAGAAAGUUAUCCCGGUCCUCCUCAUGAUCCUAUCAAGUUUCUCCAUCAUCAGAUUUCUUUUGAUCACAAUCACUAAUUCAUCCAGUUCCUCUUCAAAGCCUACUUUACCCACUGUUGUUCACCACACAUGCCUUUCUCCCCCAUGCAUCGAAGGUCCAAAAAAUUCACCAGGCUCCUCAACAAAUCAGCUAAAAACCUCUGCCAAUGCCAGCACCCUCACAGAAAAGGAAUUUCUGCUCCUAUCAAAUCUUAUUAUCAACAAGGCCCCCUGCAACCUGCUUAUCUUUGGGUUUGCAUACCAAUAUCUGAACCUCUCGCAGAUCAAUGCAGGUGGCACCACCAUCUUUCUAGAGGAUGAGAUUAACGAUCUAAGCACAAUCAAAGCAAAUUCAAAUAGCACUAGAACGUACAAGGUUGAUUAUCAGAUACCUGGAAACAAGGCUUACAAGCUGCUCAAGCAAGCAAGACAGGAUCCAGCCUGUGCACCUAGCUCAGGACCGCUUCAGGGAUCAACAUGCAAGCUUGCAUUGACAAAUCUACCGCAAGAAGUAUACCAGCACAAGUGGGAUGUGAUAGUGGUGGAUGGACCGAGUGGAGAUACACCAGAGGCACCAGGUAGGAUGCCAACAAUCUAUACUGCUAGUAUAAUGGCAAGAUCUGGGAACGCAACAGAUGUAGUCAUACAUGAUGUCAAUCGAGUGGUAGAAAAGUGGUUUUCGUGGGAGUUUCUAUGUGAAGAGAACUUGGUCUCUUCCAAAGGGAACCUAUGGGUUUUCAGGAUCAGAGAUCAAUUCAAUUCUACAAAAUUUUGCACGGCUAAUACUGUUGUGAUAGUGUAAUAUCAUUCUUUUUGUCAAAAGUGAGAGCACAUAGUAACAAGCUGAUUUUAUUACUGAGCGGUUUUUACCUCUUAAACAAAAGCAUGAGCAAUUGUAAAAAUAAGAAACACACGGACAUGGGAAUUUGA